UUCAGAGGGCACAGAGAGGCGCCCCGAGACAGGAGAGUAACAGGCUGUCGAGGAGUUACCAUAGACUUCGAUACAGAAGUUGCAUGGCCCCGCUCUCGUGCGUAAUGAAUCCUGCGCAUGGAUCACCAGCCACUGCUCAAGUGGAUGACUUACCAGAUGAUCGCGACGACAGCAAGGAAACAGAACUCCAGACGCGCGAGUUGGCGACGCCAGUGAAACGAUGCAAAACCAAAAGUUUGAAUCUGCCUUUCAGUGUGGAGUCCCUGAUAUCUAACAGGGCGCCGGGUCGGACUCACUAUUCGUCAGAUCCAGGGCUGGCUAAUAACCAGACAGAGGUGACUGUUUGUCGGUCCCCAAUGGGCCUUUACGCGGAGAAGCGAUUUCCUCUCAGUGGGGGAGCUGACCUGUCUGACAGCCCUAAGAGAGAGACGGUAGAGCUCGGGGACAAGGAACAGUGCUCUUGGUUUCAAGCUGAAUUCGCUUCACCUCCAAGGCAUCCUAGUCCACCACCCUGCCCUCUGCGGAAACACAAGAACAACAGAAAACCAAGAACCCCAUUCACCACCUCCCAGCUUCUGUCUUUGGAGAGAAAGUUCCGUCAGAAACAGUACCUAUCCAUUGCUGAGAGAGCCGAGUUCUCUAACUCGCUCAGCCUUACAGAGACCCAGGUCAAGAUCUGGUUUCAGAACCGGAGAGCCAAAGCGAAGAGACUACAGGAGGCCGAAAUAGAGAAACUGAAACUGGCGACCAAACCCCUACUCCCGGCAUUCGCAUUUCCCUUUCCUCUGGGCGCACAUAUGAACCCACCGUCUCUAUACGGCGCUGUUAACGGAUCGUUUCCACGGCCAGCUUUACCGGUACCCGGACUAUUCAGUGGACCCUAUGGGAUGUACUACCUUUCUUAAUGCCUACUAACUGAGAUGUUGGAAAGACCGAAGAAAGAUAGAGCUCUUUCUCCAUGCAAACUCGCUAUGGAUUACUUCUCAGUUGCACCGUCCUCAUUCCCGUCAUUUGGCCUAUCCGUUAUAUUUCUGGAUUUUAAAACAUAAUCGCAGGUUAAUUUGAAGGUCUAACUUUGUUAAUUAAAGUAAAGUAUAUUUGAAAUUUAAGGUAUUUUUCUGAGAACAGUAUUGACAUCCUUCAUAUUUUGUUGGCCUAUUGUAACCAUCAGUUGUAAUAAAAAGCCAAUGGCAUCUUCCGACCGACCAUAUUAUUGAACAUGUACGCAGUCGCUUAACCAGCCUACAUAUGCUAUCGGUGCUGCCAAGAUAAAGACCAAUAGCAAACAGAUCUGGUUUCUCAAUUGUUUCAAAAUUUAGAUUGUCUUGGUGUUGCCUAGAUUGGAAAACGUGAAAAAAAACGUGUAUGUCUAUUUGGUCUAGCUUGUGGCGUUUAACUCGGAUCUGAAGGCCGCACUCACUAAACCGAUGGAACAAGCCAACACAUUUUAUGAUGCAAACUUUCUGUUUUUGGAAUUUGUAAAUAAAAUGUAUCAACUAUUUUUGCAACCAAAAUGUACAGCAAUAUAACUGGUAUGGUAUUUAUAUGUUAUAUAAUGCAACUAGCCUAAAAUAAUAAAGAUCUUUCGUUAGAAAAAAAUAAAAUGGAAUACUGUAU